CAGGAUCCGCUCCUGGUUUUGCUGCUCCGCUCAUCGCAGCUACACCUUCCCUCACUCUCAACAGUCCAGCAUUGCUGUGCGAGCAGUUGUUCUCCCUCUGAUACCAAUUCUUACAAUUUUCGCAUUUGGAUGAAGGUAUUCUUUUGCGUGAAGGCUGCAAAGUGACAAGAAGCAACAGAAACUGUCUCCCUCCUCGGCUCAGUGAGAGAGGGAGAGUUGUGAACGGAUAGCUGCUUUGGAGAAAUACAGCCUAGUAAAAAACCAGCGGCGGCGAGCAGGCAGCAGUUUAUUUACCACACCUGUGAUGCGUUGUUCUGAGCAACGGAGACGCGCGGCUGGGGUACUGAUGGCCACGAUACGGCAGGAGGAUAUGUGUUGAGGAAAAAGACUUGGGCGUUGUGAACAUAGCGUUAAGUGAUACAGAGGACACUCUCCGGACCAUAAAAAGCCCAGUGUGCCAGUGUUUCUUCUCUGCUCGCUGCCUUUAGAAACUUGGGUGAUUAAAAAAACAAAACAAAAAAAAACACGAAGAUGCCCUCACUUCUGGGCCCCUUUGUCCGCUGUAGGUUCAGCGCUACGCUCCUUGUGCUCUGGCUCGGCUUUGCUGUCUUCUCCUGCACUGGUUCCGAGCACGCAACAGCAACACUUCCUGCCGCCUUCUCAGACCUGUUACCUCACUUCCUGGUGGAGCCAGAGGACGAGUUCAUCGUGAAAAACAAGCCGGUGACGCUGACCUGCCGCUCCACCCCGGCCACGCAGAUCUACUUCAAGUGCAACGGAGAGUGGGUUCACCAGGACGACCACUUGAUUGAGCGCACUGUUGACCCAGCCACAGCACUGCCAAUCAUGCAGGUGAAAAUUGACAUCACAAGACAGCAGGUGGAGAAGAUCUUCGGGCUCGAUGAGUACUGGUGUCAGUGUGUCGCCUGGAGCACCACCGGAACCCAGAAGAGCCAAAAGGCGUACAUCAGGAUUGCUUACCUGAGAAAGAACUUUGAGGAGGAGCCGCAGGGUAAAGAGGUGGCAUUGGACCAGGAGGUGUUACUGCGCUGCCACCCUCCCGAGGGAGUGCCACAAGCCGAGGUGGAAUGGCAGAGAAACGAGGAUGUGAUCAACCCAGCGAGUGACCCCAAUUUUUUCAUCACAACUGACCAUAAUCUUGUCAUCAAAAAAGCCCGGCUGGCGGACACGGGCAACUACACGUGUGUGGCCAAAAACAUCGUUGCUCGCCGCAAAAGCACCUCUGCCACGGUCCUAGUUUAUGUCAACGGCGGCUGGUCCACAUGGACCACCUGGUCGUCCUGCAGUGCUGUGUGUGGGCGUGGCUGGCAGAAGAGGAGUCGGAGCUGCACCAACCCCACGCCACUGAAUGGAGGCACAUCCUGUGAGGGGCAGAACGUCCAGAAAAGUGCCUGUGUGGCCACCUGUCCAGUAGACGGAGGCUGGAGCGAGUGGAGCAAAUGGUCGGCGUGUGGUGCAGACUGUUCAAUGUGGAGGAGCAGGGAGUGCACCCAGCCGUCACCUGGCACCGGGGGCAAAGACUGUCAAGGGCUUGACCUCCAGUCUCUGAACUGUACCAGUGAGCAGUGCCCACAGACUGUGAGCGGGGCGGAGGAUGUGGCGCUCUACGUGGGCAUAGUGGCGGUGGCUCUGUGUCUGACUCUGUUGCUCAUUGUGGUGGUCCUAGUCUACCGGCGCAAGAAGGAGGACCUGGAUGCCGACGUAGCAGACUCCUCCAUCCUCACCACUGGCUUCCAGCCCAUGGGCAUCAAGCCCAGCAAGCCAGGUGUGUGGGCACCGCGGCCACGCAGGCCUCCCCCCCACAGCAAGAAUUCCCAUUUGCUCACUAUCCAGCCUGAUCUAACCACUACCACCACCAGUUACCAAGGCACCCUACGCUCACGCCAUGAUGCCACUGGAAAGUUUUCAAUGAGCAACGGGCCUCUGCUGGACCCGCUUCCCAACGGCUCGCACACUCUGCACAACGGCAAGCUUAACUCAGACCCUGCUGAGUUUGUGAGCAGGCUGUCCACUCAGAGCUACUUUAAAACACUACCACGCGAUGUAGCAAACACCUCCUACGGGACCUUCAACUUCCUGGGAGGGAGGCUGACGAUACCCAACACAGGAAUCAGUCUGCUCAUUCCUCCCGAGGCCAUCCCCAGAGGAAAGAUCUAUGAGAUUUAUCUCACUGUUCAGAGGAAGGAAGAUUUAAGGUUACCCCUGGCUGGCUGCCAGACCGUGCUUAGCCCCGUAGUGAGUUGUGGCCCUCCAGGGGUGGUCCUGAGCCGGCCAGUUAUCCUCAGCAUGGACCACUGCUCUGACGCAUGCCUCGAUAACUGGGCCGUCCGCCUCAAGAAGCAGAACUAUGAGGGCACUUGGGAGGACGUCCUGCUGAUGGGGGAGGAGCUGGUGUCGGAGCCCUAUUACUGCCAGCUCGAGGCCGAGACGUGCCGGCUUUUCACGGAGCAGCUGGGCACCCUCGCCCUGGUGGGAGAGUCCCUGCACAUGGGCGCUGCCAAGCGCCUGAGGCUGGUGCUCUUCUCCGAUGCAUACUGCUCCACGCUGGAGUACAACAUCAGGGUCUACUGCAUGGACGACACACAAGACGUCUUCAAGGAGGUGAUGCAGAUGGAGCGGCAGCUCGGGGGUCGACUGAUUGACGAGCCUCACGUCCUGCUUUUCAAAGACAGCUACCACAACCUGCGCCUGUCCAUCCAUGACAUGCCCCAGGCACACUGGAGGAGCAAGCUGCUAGCCGGCUACCAGGAGAUCCCGUUCUACCACAUCUGGAACGGUUCCCAGCGGUACCUGCACUGCACGUUCACUCUGGAGCGGCUCAGCCUCAGCACCUGCGAGCUCACCUGCCAGCUGUGCGUGUGGCAGGUGGAGGGGGAGGGACAGAGCUUUAGCCUCGACUUUAACAUCGCCAAGGACACUCGAGCUGUGGACUCUGAGUUCCUGUUAAUGGACAGUAACGCCACGGCUCUGGCAGGCCCCAGCGCCUUUCAGAUCCCGUACCUCAUCAGGCAGAAGAUCUGCAGCAGCCUGGAUGCCCCCUGUCCCAACGGAGCCGACUGGAGAAUGCUAGCACAAAGACUCAAACUUGAGAGACACAUGAGUUUCUUUGCAUCCAAAGCGAGCCCGACCUCUAUGAUCCUGGACCUGUGGGAGGCACAACAUUUCCACAGCGGCAACAUCAACCAGCUGGCCACCGUCAUGGCUGACAUUGGCAAACAAGAAGCCAUGAUAUUCCUAGUCUCUGAUGGCGAGUGCUAACCCAGAAAAGGGGGAAGAGACUGGUGCAGAGGAAAAAAGUACAGAACACAACAACACACACGAAAACAACAAUUACAGCAGCAGGAAUGGGAGUGCAGAGCUGUCCCCAUGUCCCUCUUCUUCGCUAGAAGAUAGUAAAAGGUUUAUGUAGGAUUGAGUCCCUAUAUCUCAUCGAACAGAGUAAAUAUCUUUAAAUGACAGACCAAAUGAGAGUUUGGGUAUGUGGGGAAAUGUAUUCAUGAACUUUAUUUUGCAUUAAAGUUUGAAGUUAAAUUAGUCCACUAAUUUAGUUCUACUUUAAAGAUAACAUCAAAUUAACAUAAUGCCUUUUAUAUAAAUUUGCCAUUUAUGGCUGAUAAGGAGCAAUAUGCAAAGUAAUGCUAUUCCUGAUGGCCAGUAUUGCAAAUUCAAUGGAUUUUUUUUUUUUUUAAACUUAAUUUAAAAAAUGACAUAUUAAAUAUCAAAUAAAAGGGAUGUGAGAAAAGGUGCCAGUCAUUUCAGGUUAAAGAGAACAGGCGACAUAUGCAGUUGGCAGGUUAGUCAUAAGACUUGAUCUCAAGAUACUGAACACGUUUUCAUCAUGGUCACCAGGGUCUGUGAACGUCCCCGCCCAAACCCAGAGAUACUAUGUACGGUAGGUGUAUGUGUCGGCAUUCAUUUCUUUAAACUCACACAGACCGCUUGUAGCACAUCCUGGACUUUACAGGUUUAAAAUAGAUUGUAUGUCAGAAGCCCAAUAACCCGUCCCAUCUUGUUGGUGUUUUAGUCCAGCCGGUAUCCCUACUGUGAAUGUAACAUGUUGACAUCUUGAUUCAGCGAGACGCUUCACAGCUUCCCUGCUCCUUAAUCAAUUUAUGUGGGGUUUGGGUUCUUUGAACUGUUUUUGAGGGAGGAGUGAGUAAUAUCUUCACUAAAGUCAUAUUUCAGAAGCCAUUUAUAAAGCCUGUAAUUUUGAUCCACCCUGUUUAUUUCUCUUGUCUCGCAUUAACCCCCAAUCGUUCAUUGUGGCGUUUUUUCUGUUUCAAAUUCCGCCGCUAAUGAAGGAGCCAUAGGGCCGAAAGGCGUUCCCGCUGCAUAUAUGUGAACACUGAAUGUCGUCAAGACUCAUUUCCAAAAUGACAUUUCCCCCCUGAUUACAUUAAUUCUGUAGCAGAGAUGAUGUUAAACAUAAAAGCAUGGCCAAAAGGGUUAUUGUCCCAUAUGAAUAAUGCAAAACACUUUCCCCAAAAAAGAUUUGAAACAAAAUCUUCACCAGAUUACUCGCGGGGAAGUUGUGCAGCUCUGUUUUUAUAGUUCAUGAAAGCAAUGUUGGUGGGAAUUUUAUAUUUGUGUGUGGCAAACCGUAUUUCCACAUCAAAGAAACGCCCGUCUCUAAGAGAAAGUUAAGAGUGGCUUAUUCAUCAUGUCACGCCUCUGCUCACAAAAGAUGCUUUGAAAGGGUUUUUCCCUUUUUGUUAUUUCUGGCCAGGAUGGCAAAAAUGAUCCAGCAGAUUCAUGCAACGAACCAUAAAAAUGCAACUACGCAUUUGCUUGUUAUAUUUUGCUGCUUUGCAUUAAUUUACAUCUUAUUUUUUUAUUAAUGAUUUGUCAGGUCUGGCAACAUGAGUACACAGAGUAUCUUUAAAGUCCACUGUUUCAGUAAUUAUACUUUGAAAAGGUGUGAGCAAUCCCAAAUUAGCCAUAGUUCUCUCUCCGUCUGCCUCAGGGUUGCAUGUGAAGUUGUUUGUUAAAGUUCUAAAGAGAGCCCUUUUCAUGAUAGCCCUUCUUAUUUAAACAGCUAGCACAGCCCACCCUACCAACUCCUGUGGCUUCAACCUUUAACACUAACCGGAGCCUCUUUUAUGAUUGUCAGAUAUUUGGAAUGUACAUUUGUUUUUUUCUUUGUAGUGUGUGUGGGGGGGGAGUAUGUCUUUCAUAAUUUGUUUUUUGUGUGGCAUCUGGUACCACGUUUUUACAAGCCCCUGUACGAUUUGAUGCAGAGAUGCCAUAAAAUAAGAUUUUACCUUUUUUAUUAACUUAAAAAAAAAAAAAAAAACUUGGAUCAAGCCCCUUUCAGACAAAAUGGAGAAAUCCCCUUAAAUAAAUCUUUUCAUGUUGAAAUGGAUCAUUGUCACAUGUAAAUACUUUUUCUAUACCAGGCGUGUGCUGUCACUUUGCAUACUGUAUAUCAGCAGAAUUGGUAACCAAAGUUUUAUGACUAUCAUUUGAGGCCACUACAUCCUCAUAUUGUAUCCAUGGAAUAUUGUUUCAGCAUUGUUUUACUUGCAGCUAGUUAUAGAACAAGUCGGAGUUGCUGUCUCUUCUAAACUGCGGACUUAAAGUCCAAAUCAUUUCUUUCUCUCAUUUCCCUGCUUUUGUCUUUGAGGCAAGUUAAUGCUGUUUGUUCGAGCAGUAAGAUGUGUCAGUUUAUCACUUUGUAAAGAAAUGUAAAUUAUAUUUUAAUAUGAAGCCAAAAAAA